UGUGCCGGGUGUUGGUCUGACGGUCAGCUCGGGACACUCGGGGAAGCGGCGGCAGCAGCGGGGGCCCCGGAGCUCGGGCGAUGGCGGUGUCCAGAUCAGAGGCGGCGGCGGCGGCAGCGGGACCGUCCCCGCGGGGCGGCGGCGUGAGCAUGCUUGCCCGGAGCCGGUGGCGAUGGGGCCUGGCGGGCGCGAGCUGCGCGAUCUUGCUGCCGCUCCUGCUGCUGCUGUUGUGCGCGCCCCCGAGUGUGGCCCAGAAGAAAAAGGAGAACCUCUUGGCUGAAAAAGUGGAACAGCUGAUGGAUUGGAGUGUGAGGCGCUCGGUUAUCAGAAUGAAUGGGGACAAGUUCCGGAGGUUUGUGAAGGCGCCUCCCCGAAACUACUCAGUCGUGGUGAUGUUCACAGCCCUGCAGCCACAGAGGCAGUGCUCCGUGUGCAGGCAGGCCAAUGAAGAGUACCAGGUGCUGGCCAAUUCCUGGCGCUACUCCUCGGUCUUCUCCAACAAGCUCUUCUUCAGUAUCGUGGACUAUGAUGAGGGUGCAGAUGUUUUCCAGCAGCUCAACAUGAAUUCAGCACCGACUUUCAUGCAUUUCCCUCCAAAGGGGAAACCCAAGCGUGCUGACACUUUUGACCUACAAAGAAUUGGGUUUGCUGCAGAGCAGCUCGCCAAGUGGAUUGCUGACCGGACAGAUGUUCAUAUUCGCGUUUUCCGCCCCCCCAAUUACUCGGGCACCAUUGCCUUGGCCCUGCUGAUCUCUCUUGUUGGAGGGUUGCUCUACUUGAGAAGAAACAACUUGGAGUUCAUUUAUAACAAGACAGGCUGGGCCAUGGCUUCCCUGUGUGUGGUCUUUGCUAUGACAUCUGGACAAAUGUGGAAUCAUAUCCGUGGACCUCCAUAUGCUCAUAAGAACCCUCAGAAUGGACAAGUGAGUUACAUCCAUGGGAGCAGCCAGGCUCAGUUUGUGGCUGAAUCACAUAUCAUUCUACUGCUGAAUGCUGCCAUCACCAUGGGGAUGGUCCUUCUCAACGAAGCUGCCACCUCCAAAGGGGAUGUGGGCAAGAGAAGAAUUAUCUGCCUGGUGGGCCUGGGCCUGGUGGUGUUCUUCUUCAGCUUUCUGCUGUCCAUCUUCCGCUCCAAGUACCAUGGAUACCCUUACAGUGCCUAGCCCAGUGCCUGGCCCCUAGCUUUUUAAUUAAAUGAAAUCCUGCAGGAUUUGCCCAAGAUGAAUGUUUACCAUGAAGAUAAACUGUACCCGAUACCAACAUUAUGUUCUUUAGAAUUUUGGUGGUUCCAUCAGUAACUGUGAUAAGUUAGACUCAUAUGUAAUUAUUUGUGCAUUCUGCUAGUUAAAAUAAUAGAGCAUUUAAUUUUUAGGAAGACAACGAAGGUAAACACCACUUUUACAAAGGACACAUCAAAUAGCUGUUGGAGGGUAUUAUUUAUUUCUAAUACAUAGUACAGGAUUGGAAUGAAAUUAACAGUUACUGAAUUGUUCAGGAAUUAGUCAAAAAACCCAAAUGUAAUCCCUGUAAGUGUUCUUGCCAAUGUCCCAGACACAAACCAUAUGCAUGAAAUCUAUGUCCUAUGUGUAUGAAUUAGCUCUGUGACUGUGAUAAAGUGAAUGAGCUCUCGCAAA